GAAGACAGAGUUGGAAUACAAGCGAGGAGUUUCAAUGUGCUGUGGUGAACAGAUGUCUGGUAAGAGCAAUGACAUCCAAAAGGAAGGCCCGGAUAAAGCCUGUUGAAGAUGCAAUCUCAUAUAUUCUGUCAGCUGGAGACAAGCCAUGGUUUGCAGUGAGAUUUAUCAAUAAUAUCAAAGGAAGAGGAGUGUUUGCUACCGAACCAAUCGAGCAAGGUUCUUUUGUGUUGGAGUACAGGGGUGAAUUCAUAUCAGCAGAAGAAUGCAGAUCAAGGAACUACUCAGAGACACAGAGUACAUUUCUGUAUGACUUUGAUUGGCAGAAACGCCAGUGGUGUAUUGAUGCAUCAAAGGAAGACGGCUCCCUUGGAAGAUUAGUGAACGACGACCACAAAUCUCCGAACUGCGUCAUGAAAAAAGUUAUAGUGAACAACAGGCCCCAUUUGUGUCUGUUUGCUGUGAGGAACAUCGAAGUAGGGACUGAACUUGAUUACAACUAUGGUGAUUCAAAAUGGCCAUGGCGUCAAAAGGCUCCAGCAGCAGAAGAAGAGAUGGCUGUUGAUCUGUCCUCCAAGGUUUAUGGUGAAGAUGAUGAUGAUGAUGCUGGUGAAGAUGAUGCCCCAAAGGUAAUGGAAAAAAUGAAUGUGAUUGAGUUCUUCAUAAAGUGCACUGAUAACUUGACACAUUAGAUUCUAUUUGAUCUCCAUUUAGCUAACUGGUUUCACACACACGAGGUUCAGGUCAUGUCUUAAUGGGGCCCUGUUAGAUACUCUUCCUUCAAAAGGGUUUUCCAACUUUUCUCUUCCACACACACACACCAAGUUUCAGUUCAUGUCCUUACUGGGGCCCUCCGUAUGGACCCUUCUAUAAGUGAUUGUUAACCUACAGGACAACACUUCUCUGCAUCCAAACUUAAGUAUUUACAAUAACAAUAAUGCACUUUCUGAGCUGCUGCAUGAUGAAGAAAAUAUUUUGAAGUGAGAUCCCUUUUUAGGCCUCUGUUGGGAUGUUAAGAUAGGGAGACUUCUAAGAGUGACCCUCGUGGGGCCCUGGAUUAUAAUACCUUUAUGAUCUAUAAGUAUUUCCCAACUCAUGCUUCCUGUCAGAGCUGACUGUCUUCUUCUUUUAUGUCUAAACACUACGUGACAUCCAAGCAGGCUCCAGCAGCAGAAGAAGAGAUGGCUGUUGAUCUG